AUGGCCGCGCCAACCAUAUACCACAAUGUCGCCGAAGGUGUCGAGCUCGAGCGUCAGGGCCAGUUGUUCGCCGGCAAGAAGUUCUGGGUUGCGCAGCGCAUGCCAACGCGACUCCAUGUACUACAAGACAUCAAGGCGAAUGGCGGAGAGGUCGUGCUGGUCGAGAAGCUUGCCGACUAUCUCAUUGCAGACCACUGCCGACGAGACUGUCCACCGGGGUCCAUAUCGUAUGAGUUUGUAGACAAGUCUAUCGAACAAGGCCAAAUUCAAGAUCCCGAGGACCAUCGAUGUGGACCGCGCGUAGGAGAGGCGCGUGAGCCAGGCGCGCUCAACAGACCGGCAAAGGGUGGAAGAGCAGCAUACACAGCCGAAGAAGACAGGAUACUGUACAAAUGGGUGAGCGACGCUGCGGCAGCAGGCAGCCUAGCGAGUGGAAAUGAAAUAUACAAGCAACUGGAAUCGAAGUACCCGCGACACACGUGGCAGUCAUGGCGGGACCGCUAUCUCAAGCAGCUACGACAUAGGCCUCCAUCUGCCUUCAAUAUCCCCGAUAACGCUCCCCCAUCUCCACCUUCAGACCAGUCCAACGAACGAACGCCUACCGUGCCUUCUUCUUCCAAGCGAACUAAUCUGUCGGCGCUCAAAAACGAGCAGAGCCAGGCCGCGGAUAAGGUCAGCGGACCGGGCAAAGCUCGAACGAAAGACGAGUAUACCUUGGACGAACUUGCGGGCAUGUUCAGCUCAGACGAUUGGGAAGAGUUAUACGCCUUCGUGGAAAUCAUCGAUGGACUAGCAGGACAGGCUGGUUACGAAGCCUCUUGGGCAAGAUGGGCUGAAGAGCAAGACAAUCAAACGGCCAAACAGUGGCAACAAUACUAUGAGAAGGUCGUCCGUCCACAGUGGCUGCGUGAUCCAGCGUGGAAAAGAGAGCAGAUUGAGAAGAAGGUUUCGCGCAAGUAUAACGGCAGCAGCGCAGGACAGAGCCAAUCUUUUAGUCAACAACGCCAAGAGCUGGAUGAGCCUGAGGAAGAGUCGACUGUCUCCAAAGAGAAGGCAACUGAGGCACACCAGCCAUUAGAGACUGAAAAUGAGCGCUUCGAAGAAGACAAAACAGCAUACAUAGCUAGGGACAUAGCCAACCUGAAGUGCGCUGUGGGGGAAGAGGCUAAGCUGACUUCAGAGGUAAAGCUGCUGUCAUCCUCAACGGCCCGUCACGAGUCUCCAAAGUACCUGAAUGAACUGUACGAGAAGGCAAUGAAACGAAUACGUGAAGAUGAGAUUGUAAAGGAGCAGGACGAGCAGGAGGAUUCAUCCCGGCCUACCAAACGCCGAAGAAGUGCGAGUGCGACACCUUCAACGGACGAUAGAGCACAACAGACAGAGCUCGUCGGCACACAGAUGCAACCACUUGAACUAGCCUCCGCCGAGAGCUCCUCGUCCCCGACAUCGCAAUUAGAAGCUGCGGAAGACCCUUCACAGGAACAGAUCCGACAAGACAUUAUUGCGAUGGACAAACGUAAUGCGAAGAAAGAAAGCCAUAUCGCGGAGAGUAUAGAGUCUAAUGAGUUUUCACAAAUCGAGCGAUUGCCCUCACCAUCCGAUGGGUAUGACACCGAAUCUGCAGAUGACCUUCCUCCAAACACACCCACCCCGCGCGCCGCCCGUCAGAAACCGUCCAAUUUCGAUACCCAAGCAAUUCUUUCUUCACCUUCUCAAGACGUUAUUAGCGAACCCAGAGCUCGAACAGAUCCCCAAAGGAGUUCAUCACCCACUCAACUACCAGAGUCAGACGCAUCAACUACACAAUCACUACAAGAAUUCCGCCGAUCGCUCGACGACAAAGACAUAGCCCAACUCUCCUAUCCCCAGCUCAAUCUUGACCUGCGCACCGCAUCGCUAUCACCAACCCCCUCAUCGUCGUCAUCUACCGGCUCAGGCGAUCCCGACAUCCCAUUAGAAGCUGAGGAGAUCGAUGAGUUCUUCGACGAGCAAUAUGCAGACGGAAUGUCUAAUGAAUUCGUCGUCAAAGCGCUCAAACGAACACGCCUCCGACCUGGCCUUGCAGUUCAGGUGCUGGAUGCCUGGAAGGAGGGCAAACCACUGCCAAAUCAGAGGGGCAUAUGGAGCAUUGAAGACGACGAAGCGGUAGAAAGUGGAGAUGGUGUUGCGAUGGCGAGGCUGGAGAAGAAACAUACGAUUGAUGGCUGGGGUGGGAUCACAGAACGAAUGAUCUUCCUGGAGGCACAUCGAAGUCGGUAG